CCCUCCACAUCCCUUUUACCAUGCAUCGCCCUUUGACCGACAGCACCCUCUACCGCAUUAAUGCCGACAUCCUCAUCCCCGGCCGGGGGGCACCAAUUCCCCAUGGCGCUGUGGUCUGGAGAUCCAAUAUCAUCCUCUAUGCGGGAACCCAGCUGGACGUACCCGCGGAAUAUCACACGGCCAUCGCCACCCACGUUCCCGUUGUCAUGCCAGGCAUGUGGGAUUGUCAUAUACACUUCUUAGGUGCAGCAGCAGCGACCAUGGAUUCAAUCGUGAAUACCCCGCAAGCACUGGCGGGGGCUCGGAGCGUCCCUGACUUGUAUGCCACCAUCAUGGCGGGAUUUACUUCAGUCCGCGAAGUCGGGGGCUAUGGCUGCGAGCUGGCCAAGGUCAUUGCCGAGGGCCGUAUUCUGGGGCCAACCAUCUACGGCGCGCAUAGCGCCAUCAGCAUGACAGCAGGCCACGGCGACGUGCAUGGCGUAAAUCUCGAGGGUCUGCGCGACUUGUGCACGCAUGGACUGCCGUUGACCAUCGCAGACGGGGUACCGGAGUGUCUGCAAGCCGUGCGCAAACAGUUACGACAUGGAGCACGCGUCAUCAAAGUCUGCGCCAGUGGUGGUGUAGUGAGCGCUAUUGACGACCCGCAGCAUCAAGAAUUCUCUUUCGAGGAGCUAAAAGCGAUUGUCGACGAGGCGGCGCGGGCAAGACGCGUUGUGGCCGCGCAUUGCCACGGCAAAGCAGGCAUCAUGAAUGCUCUCCGCGCAGGAUGCCGCACGAUCGAGCAUGGCAGCUACUUGGAUGAGGAGGCUGUCGAUCUGAUGCUUGAAAAGGGUGCUAUGCUGGUGGCAACACGUAGCGUCAUUGAAAGCGGGCUGGCGAUGCGAGACCUAUUCACACCUGGCUCCUACCAAAAGUUGCUGGAGGUGGCGGACACGCAUAAGAAGGCAUAUCAAUUAGCGGUAAAACGCGGUGUGCCUAUUGCCCUGGGCACCGACCAAUUCAUCAGUUCAGAUAACCCAGAGCUGGGGUAUGGACGCAAUGGCAAGGAACUGGUAUACGCGGUUGCGGCAGGCAUGACGCCUUUGGCUGCGAUUGAAGCUGCUACAGCCAAUGGACCGUUGACACUGGGUGACCAGGCACCGAAGAGUGGCCAGCUGAGGGAGGGAUUUGACGCAGACAUUAUUGCACUGUCGGCAAAUCCACUGGAUAACAUAACAGUGAUUUCUGAUGCAAAGAACGUCACCCACAUCUGGCGAUGUGGAAAGCUGGUCAAAUCAUAAUCAAAGUGAG